AGCAGCAGCAGCAGUGGAGCUUCACUGCCUCUCCUCGCCUCACAGUGCGGGAAUAUACCAGCGGAGAGAGCGGAAUGGAUACGGAAGGGAGCCAGAGCAGCCUGUCCUCCGGCACGGACAACUCCCCCCACGACCCCUGCAAAAUGUUCAUCGGGGGUCUGAGUUGGCAGACAACACAAGAGGGCUUGAAGGAGUACUUCUGUAAAUUUGGCGAGGUGAAGGAGUGUAUGGUGAUGCGGGAUCCCGUUACCAAGCGGUCGAGGGGGUUUGGGUUUGUAACAUACGCAGAACAAGCCGGAGUGGAGAAGGUUUUGGCGCAAAACAGACACGAGUUGGAUUCCAAAACGAUCGACCCGAAGGUGGCGUUUCCCCGCCGGGCCCAGCCUAAGCUGGUGACCAGGACAAAGAAGAUCUUUGUCGGAGGACUGUCAGUCAAUACCACCAUUGAAGAUGUGAAGCAUUACUUCGACCAGUUUGGAAAGGUCGACGAUGCCAUGCUUAUGUUUGACAAAACAACCAACAGACACAGAGGCUUCGGCUUUGUCACAUUUGAGAAUGAAGACGUGGUGGAGAAAGUCUGUGAGAUUCACUUCCAUGAGAUCAACAACAAAAUGGUGGAGUGUAAGAAAGCCCAGCCAAAGGAGGUGAUGACGCCGACAGGCUCAGCUAGAGGCCGUUCCAGAGUGAUGCCCUAUGGGAUGGACGCCUUCAUGCUGGGCAUAGGCAUGCUGGGCUACCCAGGUUUUCAGACUACUACCUACACCAGCCGCAGUUACUCUGGAAUUGCUCCUGGUUACACUUAUCAAUUUCCAGAAUUCCAUUUAGAGAGGACCCCCCUCCUGACAUCAUCCCACCCCCCUGAGCUGGCAGCCAUUCCCCUGACUGCGUAUGGACCAAUGGCAGCAGCCGCAGCAGCAGCAGUAGUUAGAGGCUCCACCCCUUCACGCACAGCUGGUUUCUUGGGCACCAGCAGCCCUGGACCAAUGGCUGACCUGUAUGCCGCAGCCAACCAGGACUCAGGAGUCAGCAGCUACAUCAGCGCCGCUAGUCCCGCCCCCAGCACAGGGUUUGGCCACGGUCUAGGGGGCCCUCUGAUUGCUACUGCGUUCACUAAUGGCUACCACUGAGAAGACUCAGGUCACUGAAGAUGGGAGGGCCUUUCUUCUGCUGAUGAGCCAAUCAAAAUGCUGGCUGCCCUCUGAUGGCACAACCUGAUUGGCCGGCCACAGGCUCUACCGGGCUCUCCUGGCUCCCUGUGGCUCCACCCACCGACUGAAUAUCUUUUUAAAAUCCUGAACUCUGUUUUGCUGUACUAAUCUCACUUCAACAUAACGUCCCCCGUCUCUCCUCUUUUGUCCUGUGUAAUAACUAGAUCCCCUCCCUCCCUCCGUUAUCCAUUAUUUUCUUUUUGAAGCUGAGAAAAGAAAACUGCAACAAAAAAAGGAAAAAAAAAAUCUCUGAGGAAACGUUUGUCAUCUUCGACAAAGUCACAGAGGACUAUUUUGAGUAUUUUUUUUUAUUAUUAUUAUUAUUAUUAUUUUAUUUCAAUGUGAUACGUUGUUUCAUCAUGAAAUCCUUCAAAGCCGUUACUGAUGUGAACAGAGAAAGAGAAAAAGCCGCGUGAGGUGGGUCUUUGUCUGAAAACCAUUUUUAACAAAGGAAGAACAAAUCCAACAAGUCCUCUUUUUAACUCAAGCAUCACGGAAACAUGAAAAAAAAAACUAAAAUGUAUAUUUUGGUAGUCUUUAAAAACAAAACCUUUGUAAUAUUGUUAUUAAUAUUGACAUAAUAAUGAUAAUCUGUAAGGUAUUUUAUUCUGUAAUUGGUUUUAAAGCAAUGUUUUUAUGUCUUCCUGUAAGAUAUUGUACAUAGACGUUGGGGUGAGGGCGGGGUGGAGGGGGUACUGAACCGGCUCGCAUGUCAUUGGUUGGUUUGGAGAGGGUUAACAGCUAUUUGAUUGGCUGUCAUCUACUACUAUGUGUGGUCAUCUCACUACUUUUACCAGUAUGCAUAGGUAUAUGUGUACGUCUUUGGCCAGUCGGCUCCAGUGAUGCGUCAGCGCAGCGUCAUCGGCGAUUGCUGCUGAGAAAUAAAACUUCCAGGAGUUAGUCUGGCACGUGUUCAGUUCAAUAACAGUUUUGUCAUAAAUGCAUCACUUUGUUCGCUUCUUGAAAAAGCAACUUUGACUUUAGUUACAGCACCAUGAUGAACCAGAUUUCUCACAUCUUCACGAAAACUACUUAAGAUUAAGAUGGUGGACUAUGGAAGAAUCACAACCUUACACAGCAGAAAUCAGGAGUUCGUGGGGUCGGGGAGGGGGCGGGGAGGGUUGACUUGACUUCCUCUUUUUUGAAAAUAUUAUAUAUAUAUUUUUGCGCGAUUCACUUCUUAAUGUUUUUUGUUUUUAUUGUUUUCUUUUUUUAAAAAAAGUUCUUUUAUGCGGUGUUCUCUACCGUGAAAAACAAAUGAAGGACAUUCUCAGAGAAGCAAUUGUAGAAAACAUCACAAUCAUGUUCUGUCCUCUUAUCGCUAUUGAAGGUGCAUGUGAUUGCGUCUGAGUGUGUGUGAGUGAGUGUUUGUGCGCAUACAUCAAGGUGUAAUAUGGAACUACUUCUGGCAACGAAGGAGCAUUUCGAUUGCCACUUUUUUUUUUGGUACUGAAAAAAAAAAAAAAGAUCACCCUGUUCCAUUACGGCUCACCUGCUCCUCUCCCCUGCCUCCCUCCCAUUUCAUAUUUAGGUUUAACAAAUUUCUGCUCCUCUGGAACCGACAUAUUAUUGUUUAUACACACUUGCUGCUCCGUGUAGUGGUGAACAGAGGGGGUUUGGGCAGGGAACCAGGAAUGGAACAGGGUCUCGCUCCUGGUCGGCUCUGAUACAGGAGCUCAGUACAGACGACACUGGCUGGCAGGAAAAAGUCAGAAAGCUGGAACCAAUUCAACAUUUUGCAAAAACAAGCAGGCUGUUUGUUCAGCCUUCUUGCUGCAGCCUGUUUGAUGUUCAGCACAGCAGAAAACUUCCUGAUCCAGCCAGUAGUUCCUCUGUCAGACCGCCCAGGACACGACAUAAAACUACUGCUGGACACCAACACUGUAACUUUUUAACUUACAAUAAAGCAAUAAGUUAUUUUUUACCUUACAAAUGAAAAUAGUACUAUUAUUGGUAAUAGCAGACGACGUGUGAAUAAUUCUGCGGCAUUAAGACUUAUUUUCAGAAAAAAAAAGAAACUAUAUUUUUCUGUUUUGAGAUCUUGUUCCCCUUGUAUAUUGAUUUUAAUGAUGUCUUCUGUUGUGUUGAUGUAAGGAAAAGGGCCAAUGCUUUGAGAGGAGCUCGUCUACAUGAGCUCAGUUAAAGUUUAAGAUUUGGGCUGUCCCCCGCCAAGCUUUACAGCAAUGCUUUUCUUUUCUUAUUUUUUUUUUCUUGGUUUAUUUUUCUGAUAAUUUCAAUUUUAAAAUCCUAAUAAAUUAUU